AUGAGCCAAGCGGCCGCGACGGACCCCUCGCCGGCCCCAACCUCUCCUCCGUCCUUCUCCGAAGACGCAGCGGGAACAAACACCAGCAACACUACAACGACGACCACCACCGCGACGGCGUCGCCAGCCCUGCAGCAUCAGCAGCAGCUAGACGAGGCCACGCCACCGACGGAUCAGGAGGUCCACGAGAUCACCACCACGCUCGCAGCAGCCGCAGCCGCCAAGGAUCCGGCCGCCGCCGCCGCUACUAUCACUACUACUGCUGCUCCUGCAGCUGCGAGUUCGUCGGGUGCCGCGCCCAAAGGUAUAUCCGCCACCACUACUGCUGCUACUAGCGAGACGAACGACAACAACGACGACACCAACGACAACGGUAACCCCAACCCAGAGGGUAUCCUGAUCCUCGACGACGACGACGAGGUUACGAGCUACUGGGAUGCUGGAGCCAUGGCUCCCCUCAACUCAGUCUCUGCGGCGGCCAUCGCACGCCUGAGACGAUAUGUACCGCCCGCAUUCCCGCUCUGGGACCGACUCCCAGUGAGCCGCCGAGCGGCCGUUUUGAUUCUACUCUACGCCGACCGCAGGGGCGACUUGCGCGUCGUCAUCACGAUGCGCGCGGCCAGCCUGCGUAGCUUCUCCGGGCACGCCGCGUUCCCUGGAGGCAAGGCGGAUACGCUGCAAGAAACACCAUACGAAAUCGCAAGAAGAGAAGCAUGGGAGGAAAUCGGCCUGCCCAUGGACGACGCCCGCAUCCCGAAACCAUUCAAGAUCGAACCCCUCUGCUACCUCCCCUACAACCUCGCCCGCACAGAACUCGUCGUCCGCCCCUGCGUCGCCUUCCUCCACGCCGACGAGGACCCGGACGAAGAUGACCCGAGCCCGCUCGUCGAGGAGCGCAUGAUCCCGCGCCUGGACGCCAAAGAAGUCGCAGCCGUCUUCUCCGCGCCCUUUCAGAAUUUCCUUCGCGCCAAGGACGCAGACCUCCCCUCAUCGUCGCUGUCGUCCAAGGUUCUACCGCCGGGCCACUGGUACGACGGCAGCUGGAUCCAAUGGAAAGAGCACCCCUGGCGCGUACACAACUUUUAUGUCCCCGUAGACGACCAGCGCGUCACGACGCCGGGGAACGCGAUGGAGGUGGAUCAUCCGCAGAGUAACCUCGCCGAGAAGCUCGAAGAGGAAAAAGAUAAAGAGGGUGGCGGGCGGUUUAAAGUGUGGGGUCUGACGGCGCAUAUGCUCGUCGACUGUGCGCGGAUCGCGUACGGGAAGGAUCCCGAGUUUGAGUGUAACGAGCACUUUGGCGAUGAGGAGAUUAUUUUGCAGGCGGAGAGGGAGGGGAGUCUGGUGGAGAAGAAGAGGAAGAGGGAUGAGACUACCGCGACUAGUACGACGACCGCGGAGGAUGGGAGGGGGGAGAAGGCGGAGCCUGCGAAGAUGUAA